GUCUCAUACCAUAACCCCUUACAGGCUAUAAUCUAAACCCUAACACUCGCUCCGAAACCAGAGAGGAAGAAGCUUCAAUCAACAAUGGCUAAUCGACGACGUUUUCAAACCUUAACCCAACAGCUUUACAAAUCAACACUUCAUCGGGAUCCUCCGUCACUCCUUCAGCACCUCAGAACACUGACGGAGAUCCCAAAUUUGCCUAAAAACUCCUUCCACCCUAAAUCCCACUACACUCUUUCGACCCCUAAUUUCUAUUCCUCAUCAACAAAUUUCACGACAUAUCGCCAUUUCUCGUCUGAUAGACACGAUAACAGCGAUAACAACGAUGAAAGUGAAGAAGAUGAUAGUGAUUAUGACGAUGACGAUGUUGAUGAUGAUGAAAUGACGGAGGAUUCGGCAAAUCAUGCUGCAAAGAGAGAGUAUUCGCCGGAGGAGAAAGAAGCCGAGGCGGCUGCCAUUGGGUAUAAGGUGAUUGGGCAGCUCCAGCGGUCGGACCGGGUUUUUAAGUCGUAUGAACCUGUUUUUGCUGUUAUUCAGAUUGGAUCACAUCAGUUCAAAGUGAGCAAUGGGGAUUGCAUAUAUACAGAGAAAUUGAAGUUCUGUGAAGUGCACGAUAAGUUAAUUUUAAAUAAGGUUCUGAUGUUGGGUUCCAAGACUCAGACAAUGAUUGGUCGACCUGUUUUACCUGAGGCCACUGUUCAUGCUGUUGUGGAAGAGCAUGCUUUGGAUGCAAAAGUAAUCAUAUUUAAGAAAAAGAGAAGAAAGAAUUAUCGCCGAACAAAAGGUCAUAGACAGGAAUUGACAAAGCUAAGGAUAACUGAUAUACAAGGAAUCGAAAAGCCAGAAAUACCAACUCCUGAAAAGGCUGCUACAAAGAAAGUAGAAAAGGCGGCGGUUGCUGCAUAGGAUGAAGUUUGUUGAUGUUUUUUUUGUCAUUAGAUUGUUUUAAUUAGAAUUCUCUUUUUUAUAUUUUUGCCAAUGAUCCUUAAAAUUCACAAACCAAUGUGGGACCACACUCACUAAGGAUGAACAAAACAUUCUUAUUAGGGUGUGGAUACAUCUCUUUUCAAGAUGCGUUUUAAAUCUGUGAGGGCAACAGAUCCCAUAAGCAGUGCUUAUCAGUACCAGGAUGGGUGACCUAUUUGGAAGUUUGGGUAUCUAGUUGCCUAAAUCGGACAAUAUCUUAGUGUGUGUGUGUUUGGGAUGUUACAAAACAAAUAUAUAAGUAUCUAAUCACUUGUUUUGUUAGGAGAUGUUGCUAUUUUUUGUAUUAAAUAAGCAAAUACACAGAAC